GCAGAAGCCGGAGGAGCAGUACAAGGUGAUGCUGCAGGUGAACGGGAAGGAGCUCUCCAAGCUAUCUCAGGAGCAAACCCUGGAGGCGCUGCGCUCCUCCAAGGAGCCCCUGGUGAUCCAGGUACUGAGACGUAGCCCCCGCCUCCGGGGGGACAGCUCCUGCCACGACCUGCAGCUGGUGGACAGUGGCACUCAGACUGACAUCACCUUCGAGCAUAUCACGGCGCUCGGCAGGCUGCGCCCGCCCACUCCGCCCAUGGUCAUCCUGGAGCCGUAUGUCCUCUCCGAGCUCCCCCCCAUCAGCCACGAGUACUAUGACCCAGUGGAGUUCAUGGAGGGCAGCCAGCAGGAGGCCGACCGUAUGGACGAGUUGGAGUACGAGGAGGUGGAGCUAUACAAGACCAGCCACCGGGACAAGCUGGGCCUCAUGGUCUGCUACCGCACGGAUGAUGAGGAUGACCUGGGCAUCUACGUUGGAGAGGUCAAUCCCAACAGCAUUGCAGCCAAAGACGGCAGGAUCCGGGAGGGUGACCGCAUCGUCCAGAUUAACGGUGUGGACGUCCAGAACCGGGAGGAGGCGGUGGCCAUCCUGAGCCAGGAGGAGAGCACCAACAUCUCCCUGCUGCUGGCCCGGCCUGAGAGUGAGCUGACAAAGCGCUGGAAGGACAGUGACCGAGACGAUUUCUUGGAUGACUUUGGCUCUGAGAAUGAGGGGGACCUUCGGGCUCAGAAGCUGAAGUCCCCCCCUGCCCAGCCGCUGGGAAAUGAAGAGGAGAAGGGGGACCCCAGUGGGGGCCCAGACCUGAGCAACAGCCAAGAACUGGACAGCGGGGUGGGCCGGACUGAUGAGAGCACACGCAACGAGGAGAGCUCCGAGCAUGACCUCCUAGGCGACGAGCCCCCCAGCACCACCAACACCCCUGGCAGCCUGCGCAAGUUUGGCCUCCAGGGGGACUCCCUGCAGAGCCGGGACUUCCACUUCAGCAUGGACUCCCUGUUGGCUGAGGGGGCCGGGCUGGGCGCCGGCGACGUCCCGGGCCUUACCGACGAGGAGUGUGAGCGCUACCGGGAGCUGCUGGAGAUCAGGGGCCACCUGGAGAAUGGCAACCAGCUGGGCCUGCUCUUCCCGCGCGCCUCGGGCAGCACCAGUGCUCUGGACGUCAACCGCAACGAGAGUCUGGGCCACGAGAUGGCCAUGCUGGAGGAGGAGCUGCGGCACCUGGAGUUCAAGUGCCGGAACAUCCUGCGGGCCCAGAAGAUGCAGCAGCUGCGCGAGCGGUGCAUGAAGGCCUGGCUGCUGGAGGAGGAGGGCCUCUACGCGCUCGGGGCCGGUGAGCCCCAGAAGCACGAGCUGUCUGACAUCUCUGAGCUGCCGGAGAAGUCGGAUAAGGAUAGCACCAGCGCCUACAACACGGGGGAGAGCUGUCGCAGCACCCCCUUGCUCACGGAGCCACUCCCCGAGAGCCCCCUGCGGCGAGCCACCACCACUGCCAGCAACUCCAACCUGAACUGGACCACGGCCGGCAUGCCCGGCACUACCACACCCAAGGCAGCCCCUGCACAGGGGAGCCCCGCCAAGUUCCGCUCCCUGUCCCGGCAUGCUGAGACAGGCCGCAGACAGCACUCAGAGGAGCGUGUCCGCCGCAGCCCCAAGAGUGCGGUGACGCUGGAGCGGGUGGGCCCGGAGGGCAGCCCCUACCUCUCCCGGCGCCACCGUGUCCAGGGUCCGGAGGGCGAGCACUUCCACAGCCGCGGGCCGCUGGCCUCUGCACGGGGCCUGGAAGAGUUGGCCCAUGGGCCCCUGAGCUUGGCGGGUGGCCCGCGGGUGACCGCCGCAGCCCCAGGUGCUGAAGCCCCUCGCAUGGAGUGGAAGGUGAAGGUGCGCAGUGACGGGACCCGGUACGUGGCCAAGCGGCCCGUGCGUGACCGGCUUUUGAAGGCCAGGGCACUGAAGAUCCGGGAGGAGCGCAGCGGCAUGACGACCGACGACGACGCGGUGAGUGAGAUGAAGAUGGGCCGGUACUGGAGCAAGGAGGAGCGCAAGCAGCACCUGAUCCGCGCCCGCGAGCAGCGGAAGCGGCGCGAGUUCAUGAUGCAGAGCCGCCUGGAGUGGCUGCGCGAGCAGCAGAGCGGCGACAGCAAGGCCGAGCUCAACAUCAUCGCCCUGAGCCACCGCAAGACCAUGAAGAAGCGGAACAAGAAAAUCCUGGACAACUGGAUCACCAUCCAGGAGAUGCUGGCGCACGGCACCUGCUCCGCCGACGGCAAGAGGGUCUACAACCCGCUGCUGUCCGUCACCACCGUGUGAGCGGCC